AUGAACGGCUCGGAGGUGGGCGGCGGCACGGCGGCGGCGGGGCUGCUAGCGGGCGCCGGGAGUGCGGCACUGGAGCUGGAACGGGCGCUACGCUGCUGUACCGCCACCUCCGUGGUGACCGACGGCGGCGGGGCGGCGGCGGCGGACGAGCGGAGCCUGUACAUCAUGCGAGUGGUGCAGAUCGCCGUCAUGUGCGUCCUCGCCCUUACCGUCGUGUUCGGCAUCUUCUUCCUCGGCUGCAACCUCCUCAUCAAGUCCGAGGGAAUGAUCAACUUUCUGGUCAAGGAUCGGCGCCCAUCCAAAGAGGUGGAGGCGGUGGUGGUGGGGCCGUACUGA